AUGCUAGUCGGAACUCUGAAAUAUCCUAUUUGCUAACUUUAUACACCCUCCGUUUCCGACUUGCACUUGAACGCGGCACUUACAUGCCAGCUUGAUCCCCCUGUAUCGCGAGUGUCAUUUAGGGAGUUGCUCGGCCCAAGCCAGACGCACCAACACACCCUGCCAAACGACACUGUCCUGACAAAUUAAGCCCUCUCCUGCAGCCUCAAAACACCCGCCGCGGCCUAGAAAACGUCUAAAUCACACAGCAUACGGCAGCAUGGUGUACCAUCCUGAGUUUGAGAAGGCUGGCCAGCAGGCAGGCCUGCAGGUGUGGAGGAUUGAGAAGUUUGACCUGGUGGCCGUGCCAGAGAAUCUGUAUGGAAGCUUCUACACAGGAGACGCCUACCUCAUCCUCAACACCAUCAAGCAGCGCUCCGGGAACCUGCAGUAUGACCUGCACUUCUGGCUGGGCGACUUUUGCACCCAGGAUGAGAGUGGAGCAGCAGCCAUCUUCACAGUCCAGAUGGAUGACUAUUUGGGAGGUAAACCCAUCCAGUACCGUGAGGUCCAGGGACAUGAAUCCAAAGUAUUGCUGGGUUACUUCAAGGUUGGACUGAAGUACUUGAAAGGAGGCGUAGCAUCUGGGUUCAAACAUGUUGUUACCAACGAGGUGGUUAUGCAGCGGGUGCUACAGGUCAAAGGUCGGCGUGUUGUCAGGGCGACGGAGGUGCCUGUCAGCUGGGACAGCUUCAACCAGGGAGACUGCUUCAUCCUGGACCUGGGCAGCGAGAUCUACCAGUGGUGUGGCUCCCAGAGCAACCACUUUGAGAAGCUGAAGGCCACUCAGGUUGCCAAGGGUAUCCGUGACAACGAGCGCAGUGGGCGAGCCCGCGUGUACGUGUGUGACGAGGGAGCAGAGCGAGACAAGAUGAUAGAGGUUCUGGGAGAUAAACCCCACUUUCCUGAAGGAUCUUCUGAUGACAUCAAAGCUGAUGCCUCAAACAGGAAGAUGGCCAAACUGUACAAGGUGUCAAAUGCCAGUGGAGACAUGUCCAUGUCCAUGGUGGCAGCAGAGAACCCAUUCUCCCAGAGUGCAUUGGAGUCCAGCGACUGCUUCAUCCUGGAUCACGGCUCCGAUGGCAAGAUCUUCAUCUGGAAAGGUAAAGAAGCCAACCUGGAGGAGCGUAAGGCAGCCAUGAAGGCAGCAGAUGAGUUCAUCAAGAAGAUGGGCUACCCCAAACACACCCAGGUGCAGAUCCUGCCGGAGAUGGGAGAGACGCCUCUCUUCAAACAGUUCUUCAAGAACUGGCGUGACAAGGACCAGACGGAGGGUCUGGGCGUGGCCUAUGUCUCCAACAGCAUCGCCAAGAUAGAGAAGGUGCCAUUUGAUGCUGCCACACUCCACGACUCCCCCGCCAUGUCUGCCCAGCACGGCAUGGUGGAUGGUGGCAACGGAGAGAAGCAGAUCUGGCGUAUUGAGGGAUCAGACAAGGUGGAAGUGGACCCCUCCACACAUGGACAGUUCUAUGGCGGAGACAGUUACAUCAUCCUCUAUAACUACCACCAUGGAGGACGCCAAGGGCACAUCAUCUACAUGUGGCAAGGAAGUGACUCUUCCCAGGACGAAAUUGGUGCUUCGGCCAUCUUGGGUGCCCAGUUGGACGAUGAGCUUGGUGGUGGGCCUGUGCAGGUGAGGGUGGCCCAGGGCAAGGAGCCAGCUCACCUCAUGAGCAUGUUUGGGGGGCAACCCAUGGUGGUGUACAAGGGAGGUACGUCCAGAGAUGGGGGCCAGUCCGCCCCCGCAGAAACACGCCUCUUCCAGGUGCGCUCCAACUCUGCAGGGUGUACAAGAGCUGUGGAGGUUGAUGCUGUGUCCUCCAACCUGAACUCCAACGAUGCCUUCCUCCUGGUGACUCCUGGAGCCUCCUUCGUGUGGAUGGGCCAGGGGGCCAGUGACACUGAGAAAAAUGGCACCCAGCAGCUAUGUGUUAUCCUGGGGGUGUCCUCCUCAGAAUUGCCUGAGGGCGGAGAGACCGAUGAUUUCUGGGAGGCUCUAGGAGGGAAGGCAGCGUACCGCACCUCCUCCAGACUCAGAAGCAAGGACAAGAUGGACGCCCAUCCACCCAGGCUCUUUGCCUGCUCCAACAAGUCUGGAAACUUCAUUAUUGAGGAGGUGCCUGGGGAGAUGACCCAAGAAGAUCUGGCCACUGAUGAUGUCAUGAUCCUGGACACAUGGGAUCAGGUGUUUGUCUGGAUCGGGAAUGAAGCCCACGAAGAGGAGAAGACUGAGGCGAUGGCCUCCGCUGUGCGUUACAUUGAGACGGACCCUGCCAACCGUGACCUCAGGACACCCAUCGUGAAGAUCAAGCAAGGGUUCGAGCCACCCACGUUCACCGGCUGGUUCCUGGGCUGGGACCAUGAGUACUGGACCAGCGACCCCCUGGAGCGGGCCAUGGCUGAGCUGGAGCUGUGAACCCUCACCUUUAACCCCUAACCCUGCCGCCUGACUUUACCGCACACACUGAGCAGCUCCAGCCAUGAGACUUAAUGGGGAACCCUCUAUGCCCCGCCAACUUCCUUUCUUCUGACUGCCAGUGGGAGGAGGCUUUUUGUUGAUUUUUUACAUUUUGAAAAAGGAAAUGUGUCAAAGAAUAUUGAGCUUUUAGAUUAGAAUGUCUUGCUUUGAUUAGAGUAGAAGAGGCUGUCAUAACCCUGUAUAUCUGAUACAGAGCACUGGUGCACAAUUGCAAUGCCAAUAAGGUACUGUAAUAGACUAGCUCUACUCCCCCACCACAUGUAAAAUGUAUGUUUCUCAUUUCAUGUUUUCGUAUUGUGAUAAUGUUGUGUCAUUAUUUCAGCCCACCCCUGCUUCUAAAUUCAUCCAAGGAUAUUUAGGAGCAGUUACCCAAUGCAGUCUUCUGAUAAUAAAAUGAGGACUUUAUUUGUUUGUUUUUUUACGUAUGCAAAUAGCAUGCACGUGACCAAUAAUAAGGGCUUUAAUGGAACCACAGGUUUAGAUAAGGCUUUGCACCUGCUACAAUCUGCAUUAAGAUUGAAAUAUAUUUUAUACGACGUCAGCAACAUUAGGCUGUUUCUAAUUCAGUAUCUCACCAUUAAGAAACCUAGAAUAUUACAAUCAUCUGAACCAACAGAGGCAGGGAGACAAAGCUUUGAGGAAAUCACACUGCCAGACAUAACCUCACUAGUUAUCAAUCCGUAUUGCUACAGUUUUCGCAAUAACAAUUUAAAGGUCAUUUUCCGAUUGAGACGAUAUAUGCAGUGUUUACCGUGAAUGCAGUCUCCACCAAUGUGGGAACAUUGCCUUUAAAUUGUAUUUGUUUGGUGUCAGCCAGGCAGGAGUAUAAGGAUCACGCAAUUAACGUAACAGCAGUCAAUGUCAAGUUCAAUGGUUUUCCCCAGGCCUUACUAUUGUUUCAAUAAAACCUUAUGUCACCGACA